UAGCUACAGAUUCUCCAUCCUCAGUCUCUGCAAAGGGACGGCUGUGCCAGCCGUGCUCGGGCGGGCUCCUGGCAGCAUGGCAGAGAAGCUCGGGGCCCUCCUGCUGGUCCUUGUUCUCAGCCUGGCACAGCCAGCCCCGGCGCGCCGGAAGCUCCUGGUGUUUCUGCUGGAUGGUUUUCGCUCUGACUACAUCAGUGAUGAGGCCCUGGAGUCCUUGCCUGGUUUCAGGGAGAUUGUGAGCAGGGGGGUAAAAGUGGAUUACUUGACCCCAGACUUUCCCAGUCUCUCUUACCCCAAUUACUACAGCCUAAUGACUGGUCGCCACUGUGAGGUCCAUCAGAUGAUCGGGAACUACAUGUGGGACCCCGCCACCAACAAGUCAUUUGACAUAGGGGUCAACAGAGACAGCCUGAUGCCUCUCUGGUGGAAUGGAUCAGAACCUCUGUGGAUCACUCUGACCAAGGCCAAAAGGAAGGUCUACAUGUACUACUGGCCAGGCUGUGAGGUUGAGAUUCUUGGUGUCAGACCUACUUACUGCCUAGAAUAUAAAAAUGUCCCAACGGAUAUCAAUUUUGCCAAUGCAGUCAGCGAUGCUCUUGACUUCUUCAAGAGUGGCCAGGCGGACCUGGUAGCCAUCUACUACGAGCGCAUCGACGUGGAAGGCCACCACUACGGGCCCUCGUCGCCGCAGAGGAAGGAAGCCCUGAGGGCUGUGGACACCGUCCUGAAGUACAUGACCAAGUGGAUCCAGGAGCGGGAGCUGCAGGACGACCUCAACGUCAUCAUCUUCUCAGAUCACGGCAUGACUGACAUCUUCUGGAUGGACAAAGUGAUUGAGCUGGAUAAGUACGUCAGCCUCCACGACCUGCAGCAGGUGAAGGACCGAGGGCCAGUUGUGAGCCUGUGGCCGGCGCCCGGGAAGCACUCUGAGAUAUAUGACAAAUUGAGAACAGUGGAGCACAUGACUGUCUACGAGAAGGAGGCCAUCCCGAGCAGGUUCUAUUACAAGAAAGGGAAAUUUGUCUCUCCUUUGACCCUAGUGGCCGAUGAAGGAUGGUUCAUAACUGAGAAUCGAGAGACGCUUCCAUUCUGGAUGAACAGCACUGGCAAGAGGGAAGGCUGGCAGCGCGGAUGGCACGGAUACGACAACGAGCUCAGGGACAUGAGGGGCAUCUUCCUGGCCUUCGGACCCGAUUUCAAAUCCAACUUCAGAGCCGCUCCCAUCAGAUCCGUGGAUGUCUACAACGUCAUGUGCAACGUGGCAGGUGUCGCCCCCCUGCCCAACAACGGGUCCUGGUCCCGGGUGACGUGCAUGCUGAAGGACCCGGCCAGCUCGGCCCUGGCAGCGCGGCCGGGCGCCUGCACGUUGGCCUUGGUCCUGCUGGCGCUGCUGUCCUGAACUAGCGCAGUGUGUGCCCCGCGGGGAAGGCCUUGCCGUGUCCUGUUUCACUAAUAGCUUCGUCAAUUCAAUCGAGGCCAUACAAUUGUAAAUAUAUUAGUCUUGGAUGGUUCUAUACAUAAAAGUCCCUAUUUCUUAAAAAAACAAAAACAAAAACAAGAACACUUUGCUUUUUCCGGAGGUAAGGAAACUCCUAGCUUUUCAUUUGUUCAACUAUAGGUUAUUUUCUUUCUUUCCAUGUACUUAGAUGAACUAAGCAGGGCCUACCCCUGUAGCGACCAGACCUUGGGCAGGUAUUCCGUGGACUCCCGGCCCCUCUCUGUCCUGCUCUGCACAAAGCAGGCCCUUGUCUGUGCCCUGUCUAAACCCGGGAGCCACCCUCAGGGUCUACGGCCACCAUCCCGUACUGCUCCUUCCGUCUGGGACAAAGGCCCAUGUGAAGCAGUAGCUGCUAUUUCUAACUCAGCUCGUGGGGUUUCUUCACCUUAUACAAAGUCCCAGAAAGGGCAUAUCUUAGCUUGGCCCACCCAGCAAUCAAAAUCAAUGGGAACUGCAGGAUUCAUGGAACAAAGUGAAAGAUAUGCGUUCCUUCCCAAAGUCUGAGUGCACAAAAGUUUCUCCCUGCCUUAAGGAGCAGAAAAGUUUACAAUAGACACGGGCUUCUGUGAGCCUUCUCGUAGCGUAUCAUGCUGUGAACGUGCACACGGUCUGCCUGUGGGAAGGCUCACUCAGAGGCUGCCUCCCUUUGGAUCCCCAUACAGAGUGUAGACACUAGCGACCCCUGACAUCAUCACAGGCGGGGAAAGGGGUGUCUGGCUGAUGAUGGUGUGGACAUACUUAAAGAAAUCUCACUUCAUUGCUUGAAAUGGUGAUGCAAUUAAGCGUAAGUUUGACGCACCAGCGUCCUGGAGCACUGCUUAUUCAACCACCACAGCAAAGUGGACCCCUGAGUGACCCAGAAUUCCAAGGAAAAUGGUGGGGCACGGGGAACGGAGGCAACGUGAUGGAGUCAGAUCCCAAUCACUAAGCACUUAGCCCCUGGAUUAGGAAACAGUUUGGUCAAAGUGCCACCUCAGAGACCUUAAGAAACCCCGGAGAAGAGGCACCGAGCCUGAGACGAAAUGUUUUUAAUUUAGUCUUCUAAGUUUGCUGUAGGAGCUCUUGUUGCAAAACAAGGGAUAACUGCAUUUCUGUAUGAUCAGAGUCAUAUACAUAUAUCAUCGCAUUAAAAAUGAGUUUGCACUAAAUGAGGCACAUCUGCAAAUGAGGCUUUUUGUCAGGAAAAGGCAAAAGAUCAGGUCUCGUCAGGACGAUGAAGCCCUUAUGUGUUGUUUACCUUGAAAAAUUAAAAUCUGUGCUCACCCUGAUUCAUGAAGGUUGGGAACCGUUCCUGGGCCUUGAAUCAUGAGAGCAAAGGAUCACUGCUUAAAAAUAUCAAUUUUAUCUUCACAAAAGAUUUCUAAGGAUUUAUGUAAUGGGUUUUUAAAGUGCCAGCAGACCAUCGAAUCAAUUGGAAAGGCAAAUCAGCCUUUGUUCUCCGGCUGAAAGCCAAUUAGUGCUUUCAGAACAUUGGCGCCGGUUGUUGAAAUAGGCAUCUAUUGUUCAAAGUUUUCUUUCUCCUUAAAGGACUGGGUUCUGAUGAAUCCAGUGCAGCCCACUGUGCUCCCUUGUGAAGGAAGGAGACCUAAAAGAAACCCAAUGAUUCAAUUAAAAGUGGAUCAUCCAAGUCCAGAGGGGUACAAACAGAUACACGGUCUUGGAUUUGUCCUUCCUGCUCUGUUCUACCAAUUUUUCCCCUCCCUCAUCCUUAACAUCUUCAAGUUACAUAAUAAAAUUUCAGAUAUUUGUCUGACAAAGUGUAGUUACUCAAUAAGUAGUCUUGCAUAGAUAAAUGAGAAUAAGAUAGUUUUGGAAUCAUGACUAUUGGUAAAUAAUAAAAUUCAGACA